CGAACUCACUGCCUUUGCAGCUAGCUCAGCAGCUAACUGUUAGUGUGUAGCUGAUCUAAGAUCUCCGACCUGCUGUAUCACGUGAUCACGCUCAGGAUGAUGAAGACGAUGAUAAUGGAGGUUUAAACUGGUUGUGGUGUCUAUCUGAGGUCCAGCUGGAGGGUCAGAAGGUCAGUGAACGUCUCAUUUCAGCUUCAGGAUGAGCACCCGAGGAGCUCAGAGGGAGGAAGAGGAGGAAGACUUCUACGACUGUCAGGAUAGCAUGGAGACGAAGGAGGAAGAGAAGGAGGAAGAGCUUCCGAAAACAGACAGAAUAUGUGGGAGAGGAGACGCAGAGAGGGAGCGAUGGACAGAGGGAGAAGGGGAGGAAAAGGACCAUCAGGAGGAAGAGGAGCGUCAGGUCUUUCAGGAUUCAGAUGAAGAAACGUCCAGAGUGGAGUUUGACGAUGACUACCUGAGGGAGGUGGAGAAGGAGCUGACGGAGGAGGAGAAGGAGAGUCGUCGGCAGCAGAGCAUCGCUCUGAAGGAAACGGGAAACGGCCUAUUCAAAGCUGGAGACUGGAAAGAGGCGGAGCUAAGCUACACACAGGCCUUGGCUCUAUGUCCGGUUAGCUGCAGCAGAGAGAGAGCGGUGUUGUUCUCCAACCGAGCGGCUGCCUGGCUGCCCCUGGAGCUGAAGGACGAGGCCAUCUCAGACUGCAGCAGAGCAAUAGACCUGGAUCCGGAGUACCUGCGGGCGCUAUUGAGGAGGGCAGAGCUUUAUGAGAAGUCAGAGAAGCUUGAUGAAGCUCUGGAGGACUACAAAAAGGUUCUGGAGCGAGAUCCAAGCCACAACGGAGCCCGGCAGGCCUGCAUGCGGCUGCCUCAGCAGAUUCAGGAGCGAAACGAGAAGCUAAAGGAGGAGAUGAUGGGUAAGCUGAAGGACCUGGGCAACCUGAUCCUGCGGCCGUUCGGACUCUCCACCAGCAACUUCCAGAUCAAUCAGGACCCGUCCAGCGGUUCCUACUCCAUCAACUUCGUCCAGAACCCCAAUAACGACCACACUGGAUGAUGUAAUCAUGACAUCACAGAAACAGAUUAUCAAACGAAUGGUUGAGGUUCCUGAUUGGUUAAAGCUACAGGAUACUUCAGGUACCCCAGGACAUUGCAUCGCCAGACUUCAGACUCGACCAAUCAGGAGCUUGCUUUCUGAUUACAUAACCUGCUGUAUCAGCUGUUAAUAAAGCAAACAAGAAGUGAUGC